AUCAGAAAUAUUGUAUUUGGAAUCUAAAAAAUGCUUUCAAUUAGAUGAAAAAAAGAUAAAAAUGAUGUAUUUAAAUUUUCUUGAUUUUUUUUUAAUCCACCUCCAAAGACCUCAAACUAUACGCAUAUGCCUACAUUAAAUACAAGUGAAGAUAUGCAAAAAAUAAAAUUAGUGGGGUAAGCAGUCCCUUUUCUGUAAAAAAGGAUGCAGUAUUAGUGAAAUCAGCAUCUUUUUGCAUGAGUUACUUCCCUUUGCACACUUCUCUUAUCAUUAGUCAUGAAAAUAGUAAUGGAGGGAACUUGAGACAAGCAGACACAACAUCAUGAACAUGGAUAAUUGUAACUUUAAACCUUUUUUAACACAUAUUAAUUGCAGUAAUAAUGAUUUUUUUGCUAUAACCUCAUUUCCUGAAACUGAAACGCAUACCAUUCUCUCAACUUUUGGCUUACUACUUGGAAAACCUACAGAGAAUUUCAACAUUUGUAUUUCACAUAAAAUUCAAUAUGAUUUUGAUCAUCGCCUGAAAACCAAAUCGAGCCUUUGCAGUGUUCCACAUUUUUUGUCAACCCAUGUUGACAUCAGAAGAAAGGUCCAUGGGGAAAGAAAGGUCACAGUGGAUAUGAUGAGGAAAGUGAACAGCAAUACUGGUAUCGUUCUAACCAUUGGAACAGUGAUAUGCACAAACUGCCGAAAGAAAUUGACAAAGACUGGUAAAGAAACUGAAGAGAUUAAAGAACAAAUGAUAUGCACAGCUGAUGAAAUUAUGGAUUGUAAUCUAGAACAUCCCUCUGAAAGCACAGAUAUUUCUGCCUUGUCUGAAGACAAAUGUCUACUGAAAAAUGCAAAUAUAGAAGGAGUACAAACCCGUAAAAGAAAACUGAACUAUCUAUCAAUUACUACAGGGGUACAUAGCCAAAACAGUGAUUUAGACAUGAGUAGCCAAGAACUCUCUAGUCAGGCAACAUAAGCCUCUGUGGUAAAUAUUGGAAAACUUGAGAAACUAAAUGAUUUUCUACAAACUGCUGGC